AGUGAAUUGAAAUCAAUUGCACAACUAGAACAUAAUUCAGAAACAUUUAUAAAUAUUCUAAUGGCGUGUACUUCUCUACAGAUUUCUUUAAAUGAUGAUUAUCCAACAAAUAUUUGUACAUCCUGCGUUGAAACAAUCAAAACCCUAUACAAUUUUAAAACCCGUUGUUUAAAAAUUGAUCAACAAUUACGUACUGGAUGUAUCACAUUUAACAAUACAAAAAAUGAAAAUACUGAUAAUGAAAAUGAUUGUGAUAAUAUAGAAAAUGAUUUUGAAAAUCGUGUAACAAAAACAAGUUUAAGAAGUGCUACAACAUGUACUGUAUGUGGCAAAUUAAUAAGCAAACGGCAUAUACGCGCACAUAUGCGCACUCAUACUAAUGAAAAACCAUAUAAAUGUAAAUAUUGUGAGCUCAGCUUUACAAUUAGUGGAAAUUUACGUCGCCAUCAAAUGAUUCACACCGGAGAACGACCUCAUCAAUGUACAGUGUGCGGCAAAGGUUUUAUACAAUAUGUAACUCUUAUAACACAUAUGCGUGUUCAUACAGGUGAAACACCAUACACAUGUACUGUGUGUAACAAGAGUUUUAAACAACGAAAACAAUUAAAAAUGCAUUUAACGAAUAAAGAUAUUAAAAAAUCAGUUCAUUCUACGGAUAAUUUAAUGUUUAAAACCAAAACCAUUGAUACAACGUUAAAAAAUAAAGAAUAUACAUGUACAGAAUGUAAUAAGAAUUUUACAACAAAGUUUACACUUAAUACUCACCUACAAAGGCAUGCUAAUGAAAAAUUAUACUUAUGCUCUGAAUGUGGUAAAAGUUUUAUUUGUAAAACAGGUUUAGAUUCACAUAUGACGGUACAUAAUAUAAAUAAUAAGCAAUUCCAAUGUACAGUGUGUUCAAAAUCAUUUACACGCUUAAGUACGUUACGCAUACAUAAUAAAAAACAUACGGGCGAACGUCCAUAUAAGUGUACUGAAUGUACAAAAACAUUUGCACAGUCGGCACAUUUAAAAACACAUAUGUAUACAAUCCACGAUGGUCACAAACCAUAUCAAUGUGUGUAUUGUUUAAAACAAUUUACGCAACGUGGAAAUUUAACGAUACAUCAACGUACGCAUACGGGAGAAACACCAUUUGUAUGUGAAGUAUGUUCGAAAGGCUUUUACGAUUCAAGUAGUUUACGUAAGCAUAAACGAUCACAUGUAAAAAAUGAACUUCAGAAAAAAGUGCCUGUUUGAAAUUCGAGUCCAAAUUUACGUUUGUGGCGCUAAAAAGUGCACCGACAUCGAGCCUGUAAUUCUUACCCUUACCCGCGGAUAAACAUUUUUAAUGAUUCGACAUAUGAAGCCGUUUAAAUCGUCAGAUUAUUGUAAAGAAUCCCUUUUAGCAUGUAAUUAAUUCACCAUAUCUUAAUAUGACGCGCUCGAGUUACUCCCCAAAUCCUCUCAUGGGCCCCCCUACUCCUGUUUUAAUGAUUUUUAUUUGAAGUUGUAUAAUUUGACGACGAAUUAAUGAUAAAAUAUGUUUCGACUGUGAGAAA